GCUGGGAGGGGGCAGCAUAAAAGUAUCAUACACCAGACCCACUGCAGACUAAAAAUAUUCAGUUAUUUGAGAAGCGCGGUGUCCUCAAGCUGCUGCUGCGCUGGUUUUGUGCGUCCAUGCCUGUGGCCCGAGAGCUGCCAUGAAUCAGUAAACUUUGUGGAAAGUGGGGGUUUGAAGCACGUCACCCUGAUGUCACCCUCACGGAUGUUCUUCCUGUCUGCUGUGCUCUGCGUGGCCCUUUUUCAUCUAAUUUCGGGUCAGAACUGCUCAGAGCACUGUAAAACAUGCGGGGGCCCAGAGAAAGACCAGUGCCUUCAGUGCCACACCGGUUACAUCCUGCAUGACAACCUGUGUGUGGAUAUCGAUGAAUGUGGUACUGAUCAGGAACGGUGUCCCGACAACACAUACUGCUUCAACACCCAUGGCUCUUAUGAAUGCAAAGGAUGUGAUAAGGCCUGUGUUGGUUGUAUGGGUGGAGGACCUGCCCGCUGUAGGAAAUGUGCUGCUGGUUACAGAUCAUCAGGCAUGAGAUGCAUAGAUAUAGAUGAGUGCGCUGAGGAGGUGUUGGCCUGUCCUGGGGUCAGUAUGUUCUGUGAAAAUACAGAGGGCUCUUUUCACUGUCAGUGUGCAGUGGGUUACACACGCAGAGGCGACAGCUGUGAGAGGAGCCAGACAACAGCGUCUGAGAAAAGGGUCUUUUUGACGACAUUCAGGAGGAUGAAAUUGAGGUUCUGCAGCAGAUGUUCUUCGGUGUUGUGCUGUGUGCAUUGGCCACAUUGGCGGCUAAAGGGGACUUGGUGUUCACCUCUAUCUUUAUGGGGGCAGUGGCAGCCAUGGCUGGAUACUGGCUCUCUGAUAAAAGCGAUCGAGUGAUAGACUCCAUCUUGAAGGGGAGAUAAAUGCAAACCUAUCUGCAGUGCUGCUUUCUACAAAGUCAACUACUUUUGAGCUGGGCCAUUUCUUACACCAUAUGAUGGUAUGUUCACACACACAGCCAAAGGAAGCUGCUAUAUAAUGGCAGCAACAGCAAUAUGUUCACAAAGUAUAAUGAGCAUGAACUUUUCUUACCCCAAAUGGUUUUUAGUUUGACUAGCAUGUGACAACUUGGUAUAUUCUUAUUUCACUUACAAGUUGACUACUGUAUAUUGGGAAUCAGUUGUUUUUUGAUUAUUAAUGUGGGCACUGGUAACAAUAUCCAUCUGAUGUCAUUUUUUAUUGUGGCCUGUGCAUUUUUAGUAGCCUUCAGGUAGUAUAUACAGUAUGUUAAAAUGUAUUUAUGAGUGUACAUAAUGUUUAAAAGUUUGGUUUUGAUAAGAUUUUUUUAACAUCUCUUCUGCUCAUCAAGGCUGCAUUUAUUUGAUUAAAGAUAAA